AUGGAGUUGACGGCACAGACACCAGGGGGAGAAGAGGAAGCGGUGUCUUCAUCGGCCAUGUCGCCCCAACUCCAGCAACCUGCAUCCCCCGCGGGGACAAAGCUUCCGGAGUUCUGGCAGAGCGACCCGGCAUCAUGGUUCCAGCACAUCGAGGCACUGUUCCACCUGCGAGGAAUCGCCGGCGACGACUCCCGGUAUUACUUGGUCGUAACAGCCCUCGACCAGGAUCUAAUGGACAGUAUGCUGUCGCUGCUGGGCUCCGAGGAGGGCGGGUUCAUUUUCCCGCACCUUUUCUCGCGGCAGCUACCACCUGCGGCCCGUGCGGUGUUGGCUAACUCCGCUUCUCUGGCCUCCGGCGACUACCGGGGCUUGGCUGAAGAAGCUGACCGGGUGCUUCUGGCUUCCAGACGCUCGACGGUGUGUCCCUCCAUGCUCCUUCACGGCCCCGGGAAACUCCAACGCCAGCGUUUAGUAGCAGCUGUGGGCGCCGGCGAAGCAAGUGAGCUGCUCUUCAUCGCUGACUCGUCGUCAAGGAGACGUUUCCUGGUGGACUCCGGUUCGCAAGUCAGCCUGUUACCUGCCACGGACGCGGACAGGGCGACAGGUGGCUGCGGGCCGCUGCUGAAUGCCGCCAACGGCUCGUCGAUCGACACUUUCGGCUCCAGGUUGGUGACUGUGGGCUUUCAUGGACGCAAAUUCCAGUGGGACUUUAUCAUCGCCGCCAUCACGCGUUUGCUGGCGGAUUUUCCGUCAUUAAUCACUCCCGCUUUUUCCACCGCGGACACUAAGCACGGUGUCGAACAUUUCAUUCCCACGGUGGGCCCGCCAGUUUUUGACGCGGCUAAAUCGACCAUUGCUAAAGAGGAGUUUGCUACUAUGGAGCGUUUAGGCAUCGUUAGGCGUUCUAAUAGCCCGUGGGCCUCGCCCUUGCACAUGGUGCCCAAGUCAGACGGUUCCUGGCGGCCUUGUGGGGAUUUUCGCCGCCUUAACAACAUCACAACGCACGACCGCUACCCUAUUCCGCACAUCCAGGACUUUUCGGCGCGCCUGGCUGGCGCCGCCAUUUUCUCGAAGGUAGACUUAGUUCGUGGUUACCACCAGGUGCCGGUGCGUGCCGAGGACGUGCCCAAGACCGCAGUAAUAACCCCGUUUGGGCUUUUUGAGUUCCUGCGUAUGCCUUUUGGCCUGAAGGGGGCAGCACAAACCUUUCAGAGAUUAAUGGACUCAGUUUUGCGCGGCCUCAAUUUUGUGUUUGUUUAUCUGGACGACAUUUUAGUGGCGAGUCCUUCAGCCGAGGAGCACCAGUCACACCUAACACAGGUGUUCACACGUCUUGACGAGCACGGCCUGAUCGUCAAUCCUUCUAAAUGUCAGUUUGGGCUGUCAGAGAUUGAUUUUUUAGGUCACCGUAUUUCGUCGCUGGGUGCGAUCCCUUUGCCUUCAAAAGUGCAAGUGGUGGCAGAUUUUCCUCGCCCCUCCACUGUCAAAGCUCUGCAGGAAUUUUUGGGCAUGAUUAAUUUUUAUAAUCGGUUCCUUCGAGUCCAACCUUUUCAUAGGGCUAUAUCCGCGCUCGCAGAGGCUGCUCUCCUCUCCCACCCUGUUUCCGCGGCGCCCGUGGCUUUGACAACGGACGCGUCUGAUGUCGCCGCGGGCGCUGUGGCGGAGCAGCGGGUGGCGAAUCUCGGUUUAGAUUUUUCGGGAAUGGCCGCUGACCAGCCCGACGACCCCGACAUCCGCGCACUCAAAACUGACGAUACAGCGCUAGUGCUCGAGGAGGUGGUAGUUCAGGAUGGCGGUCCCACCCUCCUCUGCGAUGUUUCCACUGGCCGCCCUCGGCCGGUUGUCCCGGUUGACUGGCGCCGCCGGGUUUUUGACGCAAUACACUCCCUGUCGCACCCUGGCGUUCGGGCUUCCGUCAAGUUGGUUGGUGCCAAGUUUGUUUGGCCUGGCCUUAGGAAGGAUGUUAGGCAGUGGGCAGCCGCAUGCGUGGCAUGUCAGCGCGCCAACGUCCACCGGCACACAAAGGCGGCCCUCGAACCAUUUCCGAUUCCGGUCAGGCGGUUUGACCACGUGCAUGUAGACUUAGUUGGCCCCCUCCCUCCGUCGCAGGGUUAUACACAUUUGCUAACGAUGGUAGAUCGUACCACCAGAUGGCCGGAAGCAGUUCCUCUUUCCUCCACUGCCUCGGUAGACGUUGCUCGCGCGUUUCUGUCAGCCUGGGUUGCACGUUUUGGCACGCCGUCUGAUAUCACCUCGGACAGGGGAUCCCAGUUUGUGUCGGAGCUUUGGUCAGCGUUGGCCCAGUCCUUGGGUGUGCAGGUGCACCGUACUACAGCCUACCAUCCCCAAGCUAACGGCUUAUGUGAACGUUUUCACCGGUCGCUUAAGGCGGCUUUGCGUGCGGCGCUCGUUGAUAGCAAUUGGAUUGACCGUUUACCUUGGGUUAUGCUCGGGUUGCGCUCAGCCCCUAAAGAGGAUCUUGCAGCGGCCCCCGCUGAAUUGGUGUUCGGUCAGCCACUACGCGUUCCGGGGGAAUUUUUACCUGAGGGUUGUACCCCGCGACCGUUUCCCUUUUUGUCGAGGGGGUCCUUGGCUCCCGGCCCGAUUCACCACUGUUUCCCUAAGUCGUUUGUGCCAUCGGAGCUUAAAUCUGCCCAUUUUGUCUUCGUACGUCACGACGCCCACCGUUCGCCCCUCCAACCGCCUUACGAUGGCCCAUUUAGGGUGCUGGAACGCGGUCCUAAAAACUUUGUGCUGGAUAUGAGCAGGCGCAGGGAAUGCGUUUCUCUGGACAGACUUAAACCGGCGCAUUGUGUUGCAGGUGAAGAGAUACUGCCGGGCCAAGUCCCCCGCCGAGGUCGCCCCCCAAAAUCUGUUCGGGUUGAAUGUCUUUCGCCUCUCCCGGACCCUAAUGUUUGUUCUGCUCCACAAGGCACACCCGCUUCGCGGGAUGGACAUUGUAGCCGUUACGGCAGACUCAGACAAAGUUGUCUGGUGGCGGCGGCGAGUAGAGCGCCGCUGCAGCCGGCGAGGCGGGCGACCAAGGAACGGCCACUUUCUUGGCCGUCGGGAAGGCGGACGCAAGUGGCGCCAGAACCACAGCAACCUAAAAGUUCCACGUCUCUGUCCUGGGCGUCGCUGCUGUUGGCUCAAAAAGCGUCCAUGCACGGGCAACAGAGGGCGGCGCUUGCGGCCGGCCAACCGGAGGUCGCGGGGGCGACGAUGCUGGAGACGAGGAGGAUGGCGGCGCAGUGGAAAGGUCCGCCAGAGACGAGGAGGACGAUGUAA